GCUUCCUCCGUCGCCCCAGGAUCCUAGGAAGUGCCUCUGCUUCAUUUGGUGCGUUUCCCGAGUCUCUCUCCACUAACCCACCCUCGGGCCCUUGCCCCGCUCCCGUUGGAAGGGAUGAAGUCAACAGCCAUAAUCUUAGUUUGUUUGGGGUUUUUUAAUACCACCAGACUGGGAUUGUCGGCCUAUCUGAGACAGUUGACAUUUUCCCCAGCAACUCUAAUUCUGGCUUUAGAUUCAUCCAGCCUGGCAUUUCUCACUCGACAUAGAAGCUAAAUAAAUAAGAUUAUUUUAGAUGCUGUCUUGGGACCUUAAAAAUGGAGACAGUGGAAGUGACUGGAGUAUCUAUGAAACGUUCUCUUUCCACUGACGAAAAUGACGACCUGACCCAAGCCGAUGAAGCUAAAAGACGAAAAGUCUCAGAAUGCAAUUUGGCUAAAGAUCAAGAGACUCUGGAUAAUGACUGUGCCCUGAGCAAUGAAAUUGUGACCAGACAGUCAGAAACCCCAACUGCUGGAGAAGGUAGGAAUAAUGUGGAGGUCCAGAUUGAAGAAGAGGAGGAGGAGGAAGAUGGAUUUUUGGAGGAGGAGGAGGAAGAGGAGGAUGGAGAGGUAGAGAGCUUUGCUGACAUGAUGAAGCACGGACUCUCAGAGGUGGAUGUUGGCAUCACAAAGUUUGUGAGUUCUCAUCAAGGCUUCUCAGGAAUCUUAAAGGAGAGAUACUCUGACUUCGUUGUUCAUGAAAUAGGGAAAGAUGGCCGUAUAAGCCAUUUGGAUAACUUAUCGGUGCCUGUGGAUGAUGAGGAUCCUUCUGAAGAUGUAUUUACAGUUUUGACAGAAGAAGAUAAGCUGCGUUUGGAGGAACUUCAGCUUUUUAAGAAUAAGGAAACUAGUGUAACUAUUGAGGUUGUUGAAGAUACCAAAGAGAAAAGAACCAUUAUCCAUCAAGCUGUGAAGUCUUUGUUUCCUGGAUUAGAGACAAAAACAGAGGACAGAGAGGGGAAAAAAUAUAUUGUGGCUUACCAUGCAGCUGGAAAAAAGGCUUUGGCAAAUCCAAGAAAACAUUCCUGGCCAAGAUCUAGAGGAAGUUACUGCCACUUUGUAUUGUACAAGGAAAACAAGGAUACUAUGGAUGCUAUUAAUGUACUUUCAAAAUUUUUGAGAGUUAAACCAAACAUAUUCUCCUACAUGGGAACCAAAGAUAAAAGGGCUAUAACUGUUCAAGAGAUUGCUGUUCUUAAAAUAACUGCACAAAGACUUGCCCAUUUAAACAAGUGUUUGAUGAACUUCAAGCUGGGAAACUUCAGCUACCAGAAAAACCCUCUGAAAUUGGGAGAACUCCAAGGAAAUCACUUCACCGUUGUCCUCAGGAAUAUAACAGGAACUGACCACCAAGUACAACAAGCAAUGAACUCUCUCAAGGAAAUUGGAUUCAUUAACUACUAUGGGAUGCAGCGGUUUGGAACUACUGCCGUCCCCACAUAUCAGGUUGGAAGAGCCAUCUUACAAAAUUGCUGGGAUGAAGUCGUGGAUUUAAUAUUAAAACCUCGUCCUGGAGCAGAAAAGGGGUACUUGGUCAAAUGCAGAGAAGAGUGGGCAAAGACCAAAGAUCCUGAUGCUGCCCUCAAAAAACUACCUGUCAAAAGGUGUGUGGAAGGGCAGCUGCUUCGAGGACUUUCAAAAUAUGGACUGAAGAAUAUUGUGUCUGCAUUUGGCAUAAUACCAAGAAAUAAUCGUUUGAUGUAUAUUCAUAGUUAUCAGAGUUAUGUAUGGAAUAACAUGGUGAGCAAGAGAAUUGAAGAAUAUGGACUGAAACCUGUUCCAGGGGAUCUUGUCCUUAAAGGAGCUACAGCCACACACAUUGAAGAAGCAGAUGUUAAUUCCUAUUCCAUCCACGAUGUGGUGAUGCCUUUACCUGGUUUUGAUGUCAUCUACCCUAAACAUAAAAUUAGUGAAGCUUACAAGGAAAUGCUAACUGCAGACUGUCUAAAUAUCGAUAACAUGAGACAUAAAAUCCGAGAUUAUUCCUUAUCAGGGGCCUACCGUAAGAUCAUUAUUCGACCUCAGAAUGUCAGCUGGGAGGUUGUUUCAUAUGAUGAUCCUAGAAUUCCACUUUUCAACACAGAUUUGGACAACUUAGAAGGAAAACCACCACCUGUGUUUGCCACUGAAGGCAAAUACAGGGCCCUGAAGAUGGAUUUUUCACUCCCUCCUUCAACAUAUGCAACAAUGGCCAUCCGAGAAGUACUAAAAAUGGAUACAAGUAUCAAGAACCAGACACAGCUGAAUACAACUUGGCUCCGCUGAUGCUCUCUCUGAAGAACCAAAUAUGGGGGGACGGGUCAGCACACUGUUUCACCAUUCAUUGUCCUCUUAGUACAAACCCUAGGUGGGUUUUGAUAAUUUGUAGUAAAAGACUAUUUGUAUUUUU